ACUGCACCACAUCCAUGUCUUUUGCAUGCGGAUAGUAAACUAUAACCUAUAGUACCUAUAACAGGAAUAUCUGCGUUAUUUGUGUGGUGUGGCUGACUUUGUUAUCAUUGUCACAAGGCAACUGUCUCUGUAGCUGUGCUUGUUGGCAAGAUAUUUGUAGGCUAAGUCAUUAGAAAAGAACUGGCUAACAGAUUAGCUAGCUAGCUUGCUAGCUAGCAUAAUUCUGGUAAAGGACGUCAUGGUGGGUUCUCUUGUGUUUAAAGCAGCUCACCGUAACCUUAAGUUGGUGAGAUCAACGCUGUGUGUUUUACAAGCAUUUAGAAACAUCCACUACAGGCGUACACCCCAGCAAAACAAUUUAGCCGCAGCGACGUUAAAAUACAGUACGCGCCACCUCUCAGAGGAUUCUCAUGUAGUCGGAGUCUACAAUGUAUCCUGUUCACAGAGGCGAGCUAUUUCAAUAGGUACCAGUUUAAGUAAAGGAAAUAACGAUGAAAAAGAAAGGGGUCAGUUGUCCUUAUCGAGAAGUCCGAGCAGUACUUCAGGACUGUCGGCGGCACAGAAAGUUAAGGAAGCAGGAAAAGAUUUCUCCUACUUAAUAGUUGUGCUCAUUGGGGUUGGAGUAACAGGAGGAUUGCUGUAUGUUGUAUUCAAGGAGCUAUUUUCAUCAUCAAGCCCAAGUAAAAUCUAUGGGAAAGCUCUGGAAAAAUGUAGAGCACAUCCAGAGGUCAUUGGUGCUUUCGGGGAGCCAAUAAAGGGGUAUGGUGAAAUGUCUCGCCGUGGACGAAGACAACAAGUUAGCCAUGUAGAAUUCCUGAGAGAUGGCAUAAAACAUAUGAGGCUGAAGUUUUACAUUGAGGGCUCAGAACCACGGCUGCAAGGGACAGUGCAUACAGAAGUAAAAGAGAACCCUGAAACGGGGAAGUAUGAAUUCCGCUACAUAUUUGUGGACAUAGAUACAUACCCAAGAAGAACCAUUGUCAUUGAAGAUAACAGAUGAGAUUAUGAAAGUGGGGUUCCAGUUAAUAUGUUAUGUUCCAACAGAUCAGACACUGUUGUUUUUUGUUUUGUUUUUAACUUUGUGGCUUGUGAAGGCCAGGAAGAGUUUUAUGAAUUACUCGAAUUACUCAGACAAUUUCAUCUGAAGAGCUAAGUGUUAAUGAAAUAAUAAAGAAACUCAUGGAUUGGAAGUCAGGCUGCAUUUAGAACGAACAUUAAAAUGAAGCUGAGUCUGGCUAGAGUUUUGUGGAUUAUUAAUUUUAUGGUCUGUAAACAGGAUGAAAACACAAUGAGUUGCUGAAAUAAAGACUUUAAUGACUGUAUACACACUGCAUAAAGUUAACAAACACAGCUUAGUACUGCCAAUAACAGUUUGCUCUGUAGACAAUGAAACUGAAAAGAGUUUUCUCCGAAAUGAACAUGUAUUUGAUGUUCUCUUUGAAGAGUGUGAUGCCUGCUGAAUUCUGAUGAAUCUCUGAUGGUUUAAGCCUUCUUGAUGAAAGGCUACUUUUAAUAAUGAAGUGUGUUGCAGUAGAGUGUUGUAAACCUUUGAACACUGAAUAAAUGUCUCAAGCAGCCUUUUCUGUCAAGGAACAAGAAAAUGGUGCUGCUGUAUGUUUGUACCCUGUAAAGAAACAAUGGCACAAAAUGUUAAAAGAGGUAGGAAUAAAUGCUUUGAUUGGAGAAUUGAAAAAGACCUUUAACUGAUACUAAGUUUAUCAGUCAGCAUUACAGUUGUCAAA